AUGAAGAAUGGAGAAGCCAAACAACAAAAGGUUCCUAGUACAAAUGAAAUAAUUGUGGAAAAACAAGCAGCAAAAAAAAGUAAUGCCAAAUGGAAAGAUGUUCAAAAUUCAAGUGAAGGAACAAAAGAAAAUCAAACUCAAGAAGAGGGAAGUAAGAAAGGAAAGGAAAUUGAUGAAACAAGGGCAUCUGAAGAAGAUAAACCUAAAUGUAAGGAAGAGGAAGAUGCAGAAGAUGAAAGAAAAGAUACAAUAAAGGAGAAGGAAACUAAAGGAAGAUUAAACAAUAAGAGCAGGAAGACAUCAUCAUCUGCUUCAAUUCAAUCUCCCUUAAUGAAGAACACGAGAAGAUUGGGACAUGGAAGAAGGCAUUAUGGUCAAAAUGCGAAUAUGGAGACAACAUAG